AUGUUAAUAGUUCCAGAAGAAAGGACGGCAGCGGCGCAUGCUGACGCAUUGGCACGCGCUGCUGCAAUAGGCCCCCCACAUCGAGCCCCCACUGCAGCUGCUCCCCUUCGCUCCCUCGCCGCGGCAGCUCCCGCAGCAGCAGGCGUGAGACCGACGGCGCGAACGGCCGUAGCCGCAGCAGCAGCGGGCGCUGCAGGGGAAGGCGAGGACGAUGUCUGCGUCGAAUUGUCGGAUUUCGAUUCGGAUGCAGAGGGAGAGGCGCUUUACGAACGCAUGCGACAGCACCGGCAGGAACUCCUCAAGCAGGGCCUCUUGAAACGGAAGCGCAACAGCCUUCAGGAGAUUGAACCGCUCGACGUGGGUUGGCUUCUAGCCUCUGACCCCAAACGAGGCUUCGAUUACCUUACCUUAGAUGAAAAAGCGGCAUUUCUGUCGCUCAAGUAUCUGCACCUGCUUUCCUCAACCUGCCUGAUCGGGAAGGAAAAACUUGGAGGAUCGACUCCCCUGUGGAAACUGAGUCACCUCACUGGCGAACGACGCAUCCCCCCCAACCUUCUCGGCCCUGGGGUCCUCAAAGUGCCACCAGGCUUCAGGUGCCUGACUAUAGGCCAACUGCGCGUCUUGGGAAUCCACUGCAGCAGCAGCAGAAUUUGUGUCGGUGCCGAUGAAGACAAGACACAAACUGCCACCUCGAUCCUGCUGAAUGACAGCCGCUUCGAAGACAAGGGCACCAUGCUGAUUGUGCAUGGAGAGAAUCCAGAUCCCCAGGACACGUCUGUUUAUCCGGGGGAUCAGUUGAUUGCUCUUGGCGGCUCCAGCCAGAAGAAUACCGCCCUCUGGACUGCGUGGAAACACGAAUACCCCGUUCGCGUGAUUCGGGGAUAUCAAGCUCGAUCUGAGUACGCUCCAGAGGUUGGCUUUCGAUAUGAUGGGCUGUAUCGCGUCGUGGAGCUGCUCUUUGACACUGCGGAGCCUCCAGAGAGUCUCUACAGGGACGCAAGGGCAGGAGGUGCCCCCCCCACGACGGCUGGAUGUGGUGCAAAGAGCUAUGGCCGAGGGAAGGGCUUGGAAGCUGACAGCAGUCGCAGCAGCACCAGCCGCACUCACGGCGAGUCGGGAACGAUGUCUUCUGACGAAGAGAGCAGCGAUACGCGAGAGGAAAGCGGCGACAACGCGUCGUCCACCACGCCUUCGCCCCCAAAAAAGCAUGCUGCUGCUGAACGGGCAGCGGCAGAAGCAGCAGGGCUUUCCGCCUCCGCAGACACUACUCAAGACACUGUAAAGGAAGAGCUGGAAGAAGGCGAAGAAGAUGUCAAAUUGCUGUCUUACACGCAGACAAAGGCUCGCAGCCGAGAAAUGGCGGCUGCGGCGGGGGCAAACGCCACAGCAGCCGCAGGCACCCGUCCUCCACGUCAGGAGGAGCGUCUGCUGAAAGGCCGCUGUGUCUUUAAGUUUCUUCUGCUGUCCAUACACUCCAAACAGUACUCGCCGCCUACCUCUCGGUGGAGGCACUUCCGGCUCGAUGACAUGAGUCACCCCCUAUGGGAUAAGGACAAACGGCUAAAGCAAAUGCGGCAGUUGGCGAAGCGUCAGUUUGCGGCUCACCGUCGCAUACAGCAGCAACUGGAGAUGGGGGAUGAUUUGGCCCUAACAAGCACGACUACCCGAGUCGUUGAGGUGUAUGGACAGCUGCUGCAGCAGUGGGGAAGCACGAGCAGCAGGAGGAGCGACCCCGUCAGUUGUGCCCAGGCCGCUUUGACUGUUGCGCGUGAGGCGGGUCGCUUUGUCAAGGGCUCCAGCCUUUCGCAGCGCUGCUGUGAGGGUUUCGCCGCACUCGAGACGUGGGAGUCUGGGAAUGCUCCUGCUUGGGCUGCGUGUGGAUUUCUGCCGCUCGUGCUUUGCGUUGAGUCGUAUGAGUUGGAGCUGACGCCAGCCUCUUACGCCGAGAGGCAGCGACUUGUAGACGCAUACCUGAACGAAGCAGCUGCGGCAGCGGAAGCUGCAGAGGGUGCAGUGUCGGCAGCGGGGCAGCGCUGGGGAGGCGCUGGCUGGGAAGGAGGUGGCCGUCGAGUGCGUGGCGAGGAUUCCGAGAAAGACAACAGCGGCUACAGCGGAAACAAGAAUCUGGAGAGACUCCUGGAAAAAAUUGAGGCCAAACCCAAAUUCAGCAGCGAAGGACAUAGGACCCUCAAGUGGCGCAAGCGGCAAGCCCGUCUCCUCGUCAGCAAGUCGCAUGCGCUGCAGUUUGCCCAUUGCUAUCUGCCUCAAAGCGCAACGUGCGGCAUUGUAAGCUCACUCAUUCUGGGAGCUCCCCUACCGGCUUCCUGGAGUCCGUGGGCAGACAUCUCCCAGGGCCAGGAAGCCUUCCCUAUUAUCGCCAUCAACGACGUCGACGCUGAGCCACCGCCAACAGACUUCUGCGAGCUGCCGAGCUAUUGCGACGCCGUACGGGAUCCUGUCACGGGACGAAUUUACUGCGGAGGGGCGAAUCCUGCAUUCCUCUCGGCCUUUAGGCCCAUCGCCAGCUGCUCUGCUCACUGCCUAUGCAGUCCAGAAUACUGCGCCAAUAGGCUUCCUGAGGACCUGCAGUAUCGCGUGGCAGUUGCCAAGACGCGACAUGCGGGGUGGGAACUUCGGACGCUGGAGGCGAUUCCAAAGGGGGCCUUCAUCAUGCAGUACGUCGGAGAAGUCAUUCCCAGAGCCGUUAUGGAUGGUCGCUCGAGACAGGAAGCCCGCAGAGGCUACCACAACUAUUGCAUGGAAGCAGUUGGAGAGGAAAGAGAUCUGGAAUACGACUGGGCUGCCCCUUGCAUCGAUUCACUGUUCAUAGGCAACGCGAGUCGCUUCUUGAACCAUUCCUGCAACCCAAAUGUUAGAGUAGCCACCAUAUGGCGAGGCCCUUCGCUGCCUUUAGUUGGAGUUUUCGCGCAGGAGGAUAUUCCCGCAG